AUGAGGGUACAUUCCUGGGCCAUGCAAGCGACGACGCUGGUCCUGCCAUCCCUGGUGAUCCUCGCGGCCUACGCGCGAAGAAGCCUCGACGUGUCUGGUGCUGUCGCCGGCUGGUUUGUGGGAGCGACGUGCUCGAUGGCAGGCGGGAAGUUCUCAACGACGCUGAUAGCUUUCUUCGUGACAUCCAGUCUGCUCACGAAGAUGGGAGCGAAGAGCAAGAAAGCGAUUGAUGCAGACUACAAGGACGGGGGACAGAGAAACUGGGUCCAGGUGCUGAGCAAUGGGCUGGGAGGGACCAUUGCUUGCCUCUGCAUCGUAGCGUCCAGGAAUUAUCCUGACAAUUUCCGAUCAAUAAGAGACCCCGAAGUGAUGUUCGAGGUAGCCUUCCUGAGCCACUUCGCCUGCUGUUGCGGAGACACGUGGGCGUCAGAGACAGGAACGGCUUUCUCAGGGCCCCUGUCAGAGUCUUUCCUCCUGACCUCCUUGCGGCGAGUGCCUCGUGGGACCAACGGAGGCAUCUCCGUCAUCGGGACGCUGGCAAGCCUGCUGGGAGGAUGCUUCGUUGGCCUUGUCUUCGCUCUGUGCGGGAGCUCUCUUACCCUGCCCUCCACCAUCAUCGUUGGUGCUGCGGCAGGGCUAGGAGGAUCUCUUCUAGACUCACUCCUGGGCGCCACGUUGCAGUACUCCGGGAUCUCCAACUCGCCAGGUCCCGGCGUCAAGCAUGUCAGUGGAUCAGACGUUCUCGACAACCACCAGGUGAACCUGGUGUCCUCGCUCGUCACGUCCAUGACGGCAGCUGCGCUCGUCCAUCUCCUGUGA